CGGGUUAAAAAGGCACCACUUUCUCCUAUUCGUUCUAAGCCGGGAAAGCAGAGCUGUUAAACCCUAAAUCUCGAGAGGUGUUGGAUCAAAGAUGGACAAAACCAUGCUCGCAGACUUGGAGUCUCUUCCUGAAGAAGAUAAGGUUCGAAUGUCCACCAUGAUCGAACAGCUUCAGAUCCGGGACAGUCUAAGGAUGUAUAAUUCAUUGGUGGAGAGAUGUUUUAUGGACUGUGUGGACACCUUCCAACGGAAAUCCUUGACCAAGCAAGAGGAGACGUGUGUGCGUCGGUGUGCCGAGAAGUUCCUGAAGCACUCUAUGCGUGUUGGCAUGAGAUUUGCGGAGCUAAACCAAGGAGCAGCUACUACAGAUUAAAGUGUUUUUGGACAACUUGCGGCAUAGAACUCUUGUAACACCAGGAUUUGGUUUUAUUAUAAGUUCCUUCCUUGUUACUCCCUUUAUGAUAAGAAGAAUAAUUUGUUUGUUUAUCCCAACUGAGUUUUGCAAUCGACAGGGGAUAGAAACGGCAUGAUAGAUAUUAUGGAUUAUUUAUAAUUUCUCAAGUGAGCUCAUUGAGUAAGAGAGCUCUGGAGUCUACUUCCACUA